AUGAGAAGGUCUGAUAUUCUUUUAAACACCAGCUUAACAGAGUGCUUUUGUAUGGUUAUUUUAGAAGGAUUGGUAUCUGGAUGUAAAAUUGUUACAACUAACGUGGGUGGUGUUGAUGAUUUUAAAAAAUUUAAAAACGUAUUCUUUGCUUUACCAGACCCAAAAGAUAUAGCCGAUCAAAUAUUUAAAGUAUCUAAAAUUAAAGUAACUGAUAAUUAUGAUUUAAUAAUAAAAGAAUAUGACUGGAAAAAAAUAACUUUAAAAACAAUCGAAGUAUACAAAUCAAUAGAAGCAUCCAAUAAAAAGUUUAUUUCCGCUAUUAACAAGAAAUUAUUGCUUCUAUUGAUAAUUUUUAUGAUUUUCUUUAAUAAAAUUUAA